GAGGAGUGAGAGGACGAGAGAGAGGCUGGUACCGCUGCUGACACGGGGACACGCUGCAGUCGAUGCUCCCCCCGAACAGCUUCCUAUAGAGGAGAGGCCGAGGCACAGCUCAGAGCGGACUCAGUCAGACACACACCGAGGCAGGUUUACACACGGAGGCUGCAGGAUCACUUCAUCCCGGCGAACAGGGGCUGCUCCCUCCUCCACACACCUUCAUGCUGCGGGAUCAAUGCGCGCAGAGACACCGGUGCGUAAAGUUGGUGAUCUGAUCCGCCCCGUCUCCCGCUCCCACUGUCACCGGAGGACCGCUGUGUUGCUGAGGUCCCGGGUCCAGCGUGGAUUUUAGAGCCCGUCAUAGUGUCGUUGUUGGAUGGUAAGGUUUCCAGCGGAGCGCUGCUGGGAGACCCUGGAAGUCUCUCUGUGAACGAGCCACAUGCGUGUGGAUAUGGAUUUGCUUUUACUAUAGCCAAGAUUUGCCGCGGUUUUUUAAAAUAUUCAUUUUUCAUUUUUUGACUGUGUUUUUUGUGUUGGUAUCGGUAGAUUUUUUUUUUGACUCUUCAACGACCGCAGAGGUUUCAGGUCUCAUCGUGUGGAAUUACAACCAUGAACUUUGUUGUCAGUUUGGUACAGAUCCUGUUGGCAGCGGUUCUUCACCUUCCCACUGUAAAGACUGCCAGCAUUAACAAGGGAGUGGAGAAGAGUAAAAAUGAUGUCGUCCUUAUCUCUGAAGUCAUCACCAAGAGCAUGUGUCAGCCCAGGGAGGUGCUGGUGGACAUCUUCCAGGAGUAUCCAGAGGACACGGAGCACCACUACGCGCCGUCCUGCGUGGUCCUCAAGCGCUGCGGAGGCUGCUGCAUGGACGAGGCAACGGAGUGCGUUCCCACAGAAACCCGCAACAUCACGUUGCAGGUGAUGCGGUUUAGACCGAUGGUGACGCAACAUACUAUUUAUUUAAGUUUCACAGAGCAUCAGAAUUGUGACUGCAGGAAGAAGCCAGAAGUUCAAGAACUGAACGAAUACCACUGUGCGCCUUGCUCAGAGAGAAGGAAACGCUUGUUUGUGCAGGACCCUCUCACCUGUAAAUGUUCCUGCAAAUUCACACAAUUAGACUGCAAGUCCAGGCAACUUGAGUUAAACGAAAGAACUUGCAGAUGUGACAAACCGCGGAGAUGAGACCAGCAACACUGUUAUGAAGGAAUUCUUUUUUUGGCACAGCACUUUGAAACCUGAGGAUGCAUUCCCUGCAAGGACAAGAGACGACAAAGCAAGACAGGACACUCUGGAUGCAGAUCUUGCCACUGUCAGUUUUCCGCCUGAUGAUAUUAAUAUAUAUGUACAUAUACUAUAAGUACAUCGACAAUGUGUAUUGCUGCUACGUAAAAAAGACACUAUUUAAAGCAAACGAAUACGCCGCCGGCGUGUGAAUGGGAAACCUCUCAGUGGUGUUCCGCUCAUGAGUGGAACUGAGAGAAGAAAUCUUUUAUUUUAUGUAACACUUCACUGGAUGCUGGUCUGCUGUGGAUAUGAACAUCUUAAAUAUUUCUGAGUAAGAAAAACUGGUGACCACGACUUCAUGGAGCAGUGCAGCAGGAGCCGAAUCCGCCUCUGAAGAGACUGAGGGGGGUGGGGGGGGCAGAGGGAGGACGAGGAGGGGGAGGAGUGCCUGUUGUACUUGAACUGAAUGGCAGGUCCAACGACUGUUUCCUCUGUGACAUGAUGUGAAGUUGUGUCUCCACUGUAAGGACCCACUUCAGCAGGUGUGAGGACACACCUGAAGUGACGGUCUCGUGCUGUGGUGAUGGAUAAUGUGAAGAUGACUCUCUUCCCUCAGGGAGGGGUUACCUGAUGAAGGCUGGACUACAGAUCAGAUGAUGGUGAAGUAAAAAAGGUCUGAUUCAGUGUUUAAACUGGGUUAGAGUUUGGCCUAUCAGGGUCAAAGGUAACGAAGCCCCGCCUCUUCCUGUUCCAGCCUCCUUCAUGUGACCUCUCCCUGGUUGGGUCUCUCUUUGUGCACAGAGUUUAUUAUUUACACUUUGAGGUAUUGUGUUUCUUUCACAACAUGUAUUGAGACCAGGCUGUCUAAAGGGAUAUUACUGUAGUUUCUACGUAGAAGAAGAAACCAGACGAACUGAUCUCAGAGCAGAUCAGCACCUCACUGUAGAAAUCCACAACCUUCCAGUUUCCUUAUUUAUUGGCUUUGUAUGUGUUCCAAAGAAAUCGUCACGUCCACAACAGAGCAGUUCAUCAUAAACCAUCUGUGUAGAUAUCCCUCUGUCUAGUACACUACAUCUAAUUUAUAGAAUAUGUCCAGUAUUCUGUGUUAUAUAUUUAUAUGCAGUGUUAAUUUUUGUUUUCAGUCUGUCUGGAGACUGAAUGGAGAACACGUAUGACUGUGACUGAAAGACAAAGCUUUGACAUUCCUGAUUUAAACGAAAGCUGUGUUUCACACCAGCCGGAGGGGGAUCAUGGUGGGCCUGUUGACCGAUAGUAACCCCAGCCACCAACAUGUGGGAAUGGAGCGCCCAGCACAGGUGUUUCUCAUUCUGGACUGGGGUGGUGGACAUGUGGUUUUGCACUUGUGGACCCGAAGACACGUCAUACUGAGGACUGAAGGAGUCUCAUAGCCACUGAUCAGCUCGGACCUAAACCAAGUGAAGACUGUCCAAUCAGACUGAGGCCUCUGGUCUGAGGGCGGUGACGUGGCACAGUGUUUCACCAAGGCGCUAACAUCGCGUCACAGUGUUAAACUGUGGUUCAGGAGGAUACAGCACAAAUCAAAACCUGUAACUGUUACCACACGAGGAGAAGACCUGACAUAUCAGAAUGAUGAUGAUGAUGAACAGUGUUGAAGAAACAUCAGAAGUUACAAUUAAAAUGCUGAUAUAUAAAUAAGGUCACUAAUACACUGUGUCACCAUAUAUUAUGUCUAUUUAUUAAAUAUUAUAACUGGCUCAGAUCUAAUGUCCUGGAGCUGGGAGCUAAUCAUGUGACACAGAACAGAACAGAUUAGUAAUUAGAACUCUUACAUCGCCUAAGACAACUAGAACAAUCCUGAAGUAACACUAUAAGCUAAACCCUUAAAUACAGUAUAUAUGUGUGUCAGUCAGACAUCAGCAGCAUUUUUCCAGCUAACAGCCGAAGAGGAAGAGAAAACAAGAAGAGCUGAAGCUUCACCCAGUGUAAACAAGUGAGAUUAGUUAAAUUAAUUUGAGGGAAAACAGUAAAAUUAAAACGUCUACACUGAAACACUCCCUGACUGACAGGAGCUCAACCAGUCAGUUACUCUCCUGUGUAUAUAAGACUUUAGACCAGGUCUAUUCACAUUUAUCCCUCCACACAAGGCUGUGAUGUUCUCAAGCUGAGUCAUGCUGAAGGUUCUCAUUAUCAGAUGCAUGUAGCCUGAAGCUGCUGCACAGAAAACGUCCUCUCCUGAAUCCUGUCUGUGUCUCUGUUAGCGCCAGCUGUGCCACAGCUGCUCCUGCGCCGCCACCCUCAGACCAGCGGCCUGAGACCGGCUGCUGGCCGACGCCUCUCCGCUCCUCAUCGUGACUACAUUCUACAUGUAUUUAAAUGACUUUUUCUUGAGCUUGUACAGCAACACAUUUUAGUAUAUUUUCACAUUAAUAUAUUUAUUGGUGCUGUAAGAUGUUUUACAGUAAUAAUAGUCUUUUUUUGUUGUUUUUAGUGUAACUAUUAAAACAUAUUUAUUUUGAAAAUACAAUGUUUUUUUAUUAAAAGUCAACUAGUUUGAAAUCUUAUCAUUUCAGUGUGAAAAUGAUGGUGUCAGAUUGAGAUGA